AUGGAGAAGAAGUUAUGGAUAAAGAAGAAAGUAUGGAUGGGGAAGAAGUUUGGGAUGGAGAAGAAUCUACUAAUUAAGGAAGCAGAAGAAGUUAAGGAGGAUGGAGAAGAAGUUAGGGAAGGAGAAAAGGUUAAAAAUGAAGAACAAGUUAGGGAAGGAGAAGAAGUUAAAGAUGGAGAAAUAGUUUGGGAUGGGGAAGAAGUGUAG